UCCCGUGGAUUGGCAGUCUGCCAUCUUUGAUUGUGCGACAGGCCUCGGCGCGAGCGGGGCCUCUUAACUGGAGCAGACCUGUCUCACACGAGACAACGGGAACAAAAAAAUACACUGACAAACUGGACGAAUACAUGCGAGCUGCUCAGUGUCGUCCAAAUUCGAAACGAUACGCUAGAUAAAGAAGAGCCACUGAACGGGCACAAUAAACCAGCGUGGCCCUUGCAAGUCAAGAGCGUUUAGGUUGCUAGCACUUUAACUGGCUAGUUAGUUAGUUAGCUAGCUAGCCAGUGUAGCAAGCUUUUGUAAUUCACCGGCUGCACACACACACGGAAAGCAAAGCUGGUCGAACACAGCCUCUUGCGCAGGCUAAACGAAAACCAUAAGUCAGUGAAGGGACCGGCGGAGACAGGAGGCUGGUUCUGAGGGGUGAGGCCGGAGGACCAGACUCAAUGAGUUUCCAGCGAAAUGUCCGAGAAGUCAGGGCCAAGCACCAAGGCAAAGGAUGGCAAGACCAAGUAUGCAACCCUUAGCCUCUUCAACACCUACAAAGGCAAAUCUCUGGAGACCCAGAAAACCGCAGUGGCUGCCAGACAUGGACUCCAGAGUUUGGGCAAAGUUGCGGUCAGUCGGCGCAUGCCCCCUCCGGCUAACCUGCCCAGCCUAAAGGCGGAGAACAAAGGCAACGACCCCAACGUCAACAUCGUACCCAAGGACGGCAGCGGCUGGGCCUCGCGUCAGGACCAACCCGGAGACGAACGACAACAAGAAACCCCGCCCCCUCAGCCCAAGCCUCCGAUCACUCCAGCCCCGGAGCUCACUCUGGGCACCAGCCGCUCGUGGGCCAACAACAACAAGCCGCAGCAGCAGCAGCAGCAGCAGCAGCCGCCGCCGCCGCAGCCAGGCCAGGUGGACGGCGCGCCGCGCGUCAGCAGCCAGUUCCACCACGAGUUCCCCACUCUCCAGGCAGCCGGAGAAGCUGAGAAGGCAGGCGACCAGAAUGAGGAACCCUACGGGCCCGGCCCCAGCCUCAGACCUCAGAAUGUUGGCAGCUGGCGAGAGGGUGGGGGCAGGAAUCUGAACUCGGCUUCCAGCCCCUCGGAGAUGGAAAGCAAGCCUCCUGAGGAAGGUGGGGUGGCUCGCACCACCCCAUCCCCCACCGUCGACUCGGACGAAACGAGCAAACCGGCCCCGGCCGAGGGCAGAAAGUGGGACAGGUUGCCCGCCCCGGCCCCCCAGCACAAACUCAAUGGGGGGCAGCAGCCUCCGGGUGGCGUCCCCCCACAGUUUCAUGCCCAGUUCCGGGGAAUGAUGCCCCCGUAUAUGUUUCAUGCCUACCCUCAAAUGCCUUUUGCACCUGUGCAAACAAACUUCAGAUACCCUGUGCCGCAAGAUGGAUCAAAGGGCCCCAGACCAGGCCCAAGGCCACAGUCAUGGCAGCAGGACCCUGACCGGCCCUCCAUCAUCAGUGCCACAGACCUGAAGGAGCUGGACAACCUGGACACGGAAGCCGACGAAGGCUGGGCAGGAGCCCAGAUGGAGGUGGAUUACUCAGAAAAACUCAACUUCAGCGACGAUGAGGAAAACCAAGCAGCCAAGGAGAAAGGGGAGAAUUGGGAUUGGAUGGGUAAGAUGGAACGCAUGCGAGCACGGGCUGCAGACGGACAGGAGGGCUGGAAGGAUGGAGGCGAGGACCGGGGCGGCAGCAAAGGCUCAUGGGUAGACGGCGGCGACGGCAGAGCUCCCUCACCAGGCAGCAUGGCCCAAUACAAGGCAGCACAGCGAGACUUCCAGGGUCAGCCAGCGGGCCGGCCGGUUGGCGGCAGCGGCCCCAGAGCGGUGAAGCCACCUGCGGGGGAGGAGGACUCGGAGGCGUGGCGUCAGAAGCGCAAGAAGCAGUCGGACCUGUCGGAGGCGGUGGAGCGCGCGCGGCGUCGGCGCGAGGAGGAGGAGCGGCGCAUGGAGGAGCAGCGGCUGGCCGCCUGCGCCGAGAAGCUCAAGCGGCUCAACGAGAAGCUCCGACCCGCGCCUGCCUCCAGUCCCACCGCCACCGCCACCGCGACCCCCUCGGAGCCCAAACACGGCGCUUCCGCCACAACCCCCGGGGUCAGCGACGGCCAUGAUGACUCGGCGGGCCCCCGGACGGACACCCCCACCCCCCAGCCCCCCCUCCAGCAGCAGCAACAGCAGCCUGCAGCAGCGGCGCAGGGCCCUCCUCAUCCUCCAGUCCCGUCGCCAGCCCACGAGAGGCCCAAGUCCAGCGUGCCGGAGGAGGAGGAGGAGCUCAUCGCAGCGGCGCAUCUUCCCCCGCGGCAGCCCACCCCACCGGCCCACACGGCCCACGCGGUCCAAAGGACCCCAGCGGAGCAGGACCACAGCGGAGCUGGAGACGAGCCCCAGCUGCAGCCCGACAGACAGUCCAUGAGAGAUUACUUCAGCUCGGACGAGUGUAGAGUAGAGGACCCUCAGCUCUCCUUGUCCCGGCUCGACCCCUCCAGCAGCGAGGACCCCCCUCUGCAGCCUACGGAGGCGGAAGGGGAGGGUGGUGCAGCCAUCCGCCCCGCGGUCAACUCGGGCUACUCCAAACAGUUCCAGAAGUCCCUACCGCCUCGCUUCCUCAGACAGCAGGAGCAGCUCAAGCAGCAGCAGUGGCAGCAGCAGCAGCAGAGUGGCGGCGGUGGUGGUGGUAGCAGCAGCGGUGGUGGCCCAGUGUCCCCUUCUGGCACCGGGGUGCCCGCUCCUCAGCACCGCUCCCUGUACCAGCCCCUGGGCCCGCACCCCCAGCACCCUCAGCACAUGCCCUCCAUGGGCUUCGACCCGCGCUGGCUCAUGAUGCAGUCGUACAUGGACCCCCGUAUGAUGUCGGGGCGCCCGCCCAUGGACAUGCCCCCCAUGCACCCAGGCAGGAUUCCCCCCAAGCAGCUGGUGCGUAGAGACCCGGCGGACAGCAGCCCGUCGGGCUCCGACUCUUUCGAUCACCUGACGCGUCCCAUCCGAGAGCACGGCCUACCUAACGAGCCGCCGCGCGUGGUGUGGGGCGCCGACUCGUAUCCCCAAACUGAGCCGCUGCCCUCGGCCACCCCACCCAAAGGGCGCGAUGACGUCAAGGAACCCAGGCUGGACGCUGGUCUGGAGCUGGACAGGGGUCUCUCCUCUGUCUACUCUCAGGAGCACAGCCCCCUGGAGCCCCGGGGCAAGAGUGACUUCUUCCGGGACUCGUCGGAGCCGCUGUCUGCAGCGUUCAGCCACGGGCCCGAGGAGGUGCCGGGCCUGCUGCAGGCGGACAGGGUGGCCGCGGUCUCGUCCUUCGAGCCCGAGGAAGCCAGCCUUCCCUGCGGCGAAGACGUGGAUGCCCUCGGCAAGGCCGUGCUGCAGAGGAGUUUCUCCCAAGGCUCCAGCCACUCGCUAAAAAUAGACGAGCCGCGCUUCGAGGCCGUUACCCUGGCGACAAAGACGUUGGACCUGUCUGAGGGCGGCGGCGAGCGUCCGGACGAGAAACCCAGGAGGGAGCCGUUCGGACCAGGCCCGACCGGCAUCAACAACCGCUCCACGCCUCCCGCCACUCAGACGGACGGUGGCGUUGGCAGCGUGCACAAAGCAGACAAACUCCCACUGCCUCAGCCUGGGAAACAGAAGGUGGACACUCGCUGGCCCUCCCGGAGCUCUGGCUCUGGCAGGAGAGAGGGAGGAGGAGGUGGAGGAGGAGAACGACCCCUACGGCGCUCGGGCAUCAAGAAGCCCGUCCUGCGUGACAUGAAGGAGGAGCGCGAGCAGAGGAAGGAGCGGGAGGAGCGCCACGAGAGGGGAGACCGCGGCUCCAAGAAAGACUCCGGCGGCGGCAGCUCCAAGCCCCCCUCCUCUGCAGCCGCGGCCGUGCUGGAAGGACAGAGGCCCUCUGUGGAGCGGGAGGCCAAGAGGGAGACGACGUCCACUGAGCCCGAGGAUGGCGGGGCAGCCAAUGGGGCCGCCAAGUCCAGAGACCGAGACACGCAGCUGUCCGCGGGCCCUGCAGCAACGGCGAACAUCCCUGAUGACAAAACGGACAAACCAACUGGCAGCGACAAGCACCCCGAACCCAAACUCCCCUCCCGGAAAGAGUCCAACCUGCCGCCUCGUUCCUACAGGCGCGAUGACCGGGAGAGGGAUCGUGACCGCGAUCGGGAAAGGGACCGCGAUCCGCAUCGGGAAAGGGACCGCGAUCUGCAUCGGGAAAGGGACCGCGAUCCGCAUCGGGAAAGGGACCGCGAUCCGCAUCGGGAGAAGGACAUGGACCGGGACAAGGACUGGCCAAUGGACCCCAGCUUACGGGGCCGCGGGAGAGGGGAGUACUACUCUCGCGGGCGGAGCUACAGGGGCAGCUAGGGGCAGGGCCCAGCACCGAGGCGCAGCAAAGCGUAGUACCGCGUGCGGGGGCAGCGUCAUCUCGGACCACCACUCAAGCAGCCGACGGCCGCCAGCCUCCGCUGCCGGGAGGAGAGCGAGACACGCAGCGAGAGCUCGGACUUUGAGGUGCUGCCCAAGCGUCGCCGCCGGCGGGGCUCGGACACGGACUCGGAGAGCGAGGGCCACGAGUCGGCCAGCGACACGGGCGCUUCUGACAGAGAGCCCAGCGCCAAACCCAGCCGUCCGCUGCGGCGGGAGCUGCCCGGGGAACCGCGCUCCGGACCCAAAGCUGGCGGCCCGUACGGUUCCGCUCACCUCCCUGACAAAGGCGGGAGCAAAGACGACGAAGGUAGGCCAAAGCCUGGCUUCCUGCCCAAGGGCGAGCCCACACGUCGAGGCAGAGGAGCACUUUACAGCAGGAGAGGGGGUGGCAGGGAGCGUGGAGGCCCCAGGCCAGCCCCCCUCAGGCGGCCUGGAGUCCGCGAAUCCUCCCAGUGGCCCUCCAAGCCAAUGGAGACCUUCCGAUCAGAGGCCGGACAACUUCAGCGAGCAUGGACAACCCGCCCGUCCAUCGGGCGCCACCAUCGACGAGGAAAAGCCGGGGCGUUUGGCGAAGGAGCUCAGAGCAGCAGGGAGAGGCCCAGGAGGCCAAGGCCCGCACGGCCACCGCGACAGGACAAGCCUCCCACCGCUUCGCCCGACUGGAAAGAGCGCCCGGCAACCCGUCAGGCCGAGAGGUUUCCCGUUGGCGCCGGCGCGGUCACCAUGUCCCCGACGCUCUCCAAAGCCCCUGGCACCCCCGUCACCCUCCCAGAGGGGAGCGCUGCUGCUCUUCCACCCAGCCUGCCCCCGACCUCCGCUACCAGCUCUGCAACGCCGGCCACGUCGACCGCCACCGCCACGCCCCCCGAGCUGCCCGGCACGGAGGCCGUGGUGCCCUCUGAUGUCGCCGCGGCAGCAGCCGCCACUACCGUGGCCGCCGCCGGCAGCAAAUCCCCCGACCUGUCCAAUCAGAACUCGUCGGACCAGGCCAACGAGGAGUGGGAGACGGCGUCGGAGAGCAGCGACUUCAACGAGCGGCGGGAGCGCGAGGAGCGGAAGGGCGCGCUGGAAGCCGCGUCGGCCACCGCCGCCGCCACGACGACGACAUCCUCCGCCGCGGCUCCGGCCGCCUCCGGCCCCGUUUACCAGGGCUCCGCCCCCCACAGCAGGAGCCCCACAGAGGGAGGGGUCACCCCCAAACGUGAGGCGGCAGCCAGCGCCAAGCGGAGCUUCUCCAGCCAGCGGCCCGUGGACCGGCAGAACCGCAGGGGCAACAGCGGCGCCAAGCCGGGCCGAGGCUACGCAGGUGGCAAGGGUGAGAGGAGAGGAGGCUCUGGCGCCAAAGCUGGAAGGAAAGGUGCCCAGAACCCAGAGUCCGGCCAGGCCGGAGCGGGUCAGAAGGGCGGAAAGGAGUCAUCCUCUCGCCGCAAAGACGAGGCCAAACAUGCCGCCAAGAAACCCAAGGAGAAGGUUGAUGCUCUGUCCCAGUUUGACCUGAACAACUAUGCCAGUGUGGUAAUAAUCGACGACCAUCCUGAAGUAACAACACUAGAGGACCCCCAGUCCAGUGCCAAUGACGACGGUUUCACGGAGGUGGUUUCCCGGAAGCAGCAGAAGCGCCUGCAGGACGAGGAGAGAAGGAAAAAGGAGGAACAGACUGUACAGAACUGGAGCAAAAAAGGUUCUGGGGAGAAAGGCCGAGGAGGCGGAGGCUCCAAGCUUCCCCCUCGCUUUGCUAAGAAGCAGCAGCAGGUAUCCCAGCAGCCUCAGCAGCAACAACAGCAGCAGCAGCAGCAGGCCUCUCAGCAGAGCCAGGCAGCCCCCUCAGCACCCCAGCCACCACCACCACCACAGCAGCAGCAGCAGCCCCAGGCUCCCCAGCUUCCUCAGCCCCAGCCAGCCAUCUCGGUGUCCCAGCAUGGCCUACAGCCCCCAGCCCAGCCUGCUAGCUCCCCCCAGCCUCACGAAGGAGCCGUGCCGCUGCCCUCCGCACCCGUGGACUUCCCCACGGCCAAGACGCAGACACACAGUACCCUCGGCACCGAGCUUUGGGAGAAUAAGGCGCCUGGGUCCACCGUCCUUUCGGAUGUUAAGAAACUUGGACCCAUCAGUCCUCCCCAGCCUCCCUCUGUCAGUGCCUGGAACAAACCGCUCACCUCCUUCACUGGGACAGUCACUCCUGAGGGGGUGAAGCCCAGUGUGGACACUGGAGUGGAGCCGGGUAUGGACAGCAUCCAGUUUGGCGCCCCGUCUUCAGCCGGCAGCACGGACAGCGACGGCGUUCCCGCCCUGCUGGAGAAGGGCUCCGAGAACAAGCUACCUGAACCCAAAGAACAGAGACAGAAACAGCCCCGCGCAGGACCCAUCAAGCCUCAGAAGCUCCCAGAAAUCGCUCCCCCGGAGCCAAAGGAGUACAAGCCGGGCCCCAUCGGGAAGGAGCGCUCGCUCAAAAAUCGCAAGGCCAAAGACGGCCGCCAGUCGGACGGCGAGGGCUUGGAUAAGGGCGUCCCAGGGGGCAGCAGGGACCGCGACUCCAGCUCCCCCAACAAAGACGCCAAGGUGCCCGAGCUCGGGGGAGAAAUCGAGGGCAUGAUCACCGUACCCUCUGCGGAAUAUUCCAGCAGCUCCAAGCAGGAGUCUGUGACGGACUACACCACCCCCUCCUCCUCUCUGGCUGAUAAUGUACCCACUGCAGGGAGCAAGAUGGAGGAGAGCAUCGUGGCCAAUGUGGCCCUGCCUCACUCUCUGCCUCUGCCACGCAGAGAAGCUCUCCAGCAGAGCUCCAGCCUCACGACUGUGUCUCCCGCUACUGUAGACCUGACACUUAAGAUGGAGUCGGCGCGCAAGGCGUGGGAGAACUCGCCCAGCCUGGUGGAGAAGAGUUCGCCCGUGACCUCCUCGGCCUCCCCCAUCACCAGCGGAGGAGGAGCCGGCAGCGCCUCCUUCAGCUCCUUCUCCAGCGCCUCCAUGCCUCAGAUCCCCGUGGCCUCAGUCACGCCCAGCACCUCCCUAUCAGGAUCGGCUACGUACACAACUUCCUCCCUGAGCACUAAGACCACCUCGGCCUCGGACCCUCCCAACAUCUGCAAGGUGAAGCCCCAGCAGCUGCAGGUGGGCAGUAGCAACUUCUCCCAGCUGGGCUGCGUGCCUUCCCUGUUGCCCCAGCAACAGCAGCAGCAGACACCGCAGGUGUUCGUCUCCCAGUCUGCAGCAGGUUCUGCAGCCCAGAUCCCAGCGUUCUACAUGGACACUGGUCACCUGUUCAACCCGCCACACCCACGCCUGGCUCCCCCCUCGCAGGGCUACCAACCUGGCCUCUCGCAGGUACACCACCCCCCUGGACCAGCCAGCUCAUCCCCAAGCAUGCUUUCCACACGGGACCCAUAUUCCAGUGCCCAGGCCCAGACCCAGCUGCUCAUGUCUGCAGCUGCCACCAUGCCCAAAUACUCGAUCCCUAAUCUGAUGGCUCGGUUUCCCCCCGCCCAGCCAACGGCCGUGCAGCAGAUCCCAAUCCCCAUCUACGCCCCCCUGCAGGGCCAACCCCAGCAUCAACAUCAACACCAACAUCAACACCAACAUCAACACCAACACCAACAUCAACACCAACAUCAGCACCAGCAUCAGCACCAACAUCAGCCUCAGCUGGGCCUCAGCGCUGGCCCCUCUGUCUCCCAGCCACAGGACCUCUUCGGCUCCUCCAUACAGCCCUACAGGUCCCAGCAGGCUUUCAUGCAGAGCAGCCUGUCCCAGCCGUCCCCCAUGAUGCUGUCUGGCACGGCACUGCACAGCUACCCUGGGGUGCAGCCCCCGGACCUGGGCAAGCCUCAGUCCAGCCUGGCCUUCCAGCAGACCUCCAACACCCAGCACAUCCCCAUCCUGUUCGAGCCGCAGCUCAACCAGCCCUCCGGCAUGGGCGGCUCACAGCUCAUCGACACACACCUCCUACAGGCGCGUCAGGGGAUGAGCCAGCACUCAAAUCUGUACUCGGGUCAGAUGCAGCAGCAGCACACCCAGAACAGCUACUACAGCUCUACGCAGAGCCCCAGCUCCGGACUACAGCAGGUGACGGUGCCUCUGCCAGGCUCUCAGCUGUCUCUGCCCAACUUUGGCUCCGGUGGUGGGCAGCCUCUCCUGGCCCUGCCGCAGUCUCUGCCCCCGACGCCUCCGCAAGCGCAGCCGCCCAGCCUGAGCCGCCAGCCCCCCACCAACCAGAGCUACCGCAGCCUCAUCGGACAGAACACUCACACUCACAGCAUGAUGCCCCCCUCGAGCAAGGUGUGUGAGAUGGACCUGAAGCUGUUUGGCAGUGGAAUGGACGUCAAGCCCGGAACGCCCCCUGUCAGCGCACGAAGCACUACGCCCACCUCCAGCCCUUACAGGGCGAGUUCGACCAGCCCCAGCAGCCAGUCCAGUAAGAUGAACAGCAUGCUGUACCAGAAGCAGUUCCAGUCAGGCUCCGGCGGAAUGCGCAUCGCCCAGCCCUUCCCCGGCCAGUUCAACCCACAGAUUCUGUCUCAGCCCAACCUGGUGUCUCCUCUCGUGCGGCCUGGCCACUCCAACUCCUUCCCUGGAGGGAUGCAGCGGAACCCUAUGGGGCCCCUGGUGUCACCCUCCAUGAACACCGGCCUGAUGCCUCACCCCCGGCCCCAGCACCCCCCCAGGGGGCCCCCUGGACCUCCCAUGGCCCCACGGGGCUCCCAGGCCGCCAUGAAGGCCGCAGAGCAGGACCUCAAGGCUAAGCAGCGAGCCGAGGUACUGCAGUCCACCCACAAGUUCUUCUCGGAGCAGCAGCAGCAGUUGAAGGCCGCCGUCAGCAAGCCCGUGGUCCGGAUGGAGGCCGGUGGCAAGCCUGUGGACAGCGUGGCGCCCAACCACCAGGGCGGCCCGCCGGAGCGCUCCGACGCCGACAAGCCCACCGCCAUGAGCGCGGCCAAGCCCAUACGGACCGGACCCAUCAAGCCACAGUCCAUCAAGCCAGAGGAGGGCAAGUAGUGCGCCCCCUACGCCCCGACGCCUGGCCAUGCGGCCUCUUGUCUGCCCCCAGCCACCAGGGAGGGUUGGACUGACAGCCAGACGGAUUGAUGAAUGGACAGAUUAGAUGGCAUACGUGGAUCUAGAGAAGAAGAAAUUCUACACGCAAACACGCCCACGCACCCCCCUCACACCCUGUAGAGAGAUGGGGAAGGGGUUAGAAUGGGGGGCAGGGGGGUGGUUUGGGUUUUGGGGUGCUGCACAUCAUCUUUUUCUUCAUUUGUUUCUUUAAAUGAGCGUGAUUUUUAUUUCUCUCUCUCUGAGGGGUACGGUGUGCGUGCACCAUCCUAGUCUUGCCCUCCUCUCCUCUCCUCUCUCCUUUCCUUUCCUCCAUCUCCUCUCCUCUCUCCUUUCCUCCAUCUCCUCUCCAACCCUACCCUCCCACAAUGGAGAUCUGCCUCUUUGCUCGCAAGGUCCUGUUGCCUCGCAUCUAGAGGUGACUAGCACUACACACCCACCUGUUAAUGUGUGUGUGUGUGUGUGUGUGUGAGAGAGUGUGUGUGAAGUGAAAGUUUGGAGCAGAGAUGAAAAAAGAAGUCAAUUUGCUGCUGUUCAUGAUUGUCAUAUCGAAAUUGAUUUUCCUUCCCAUCUUUUGCAUUCCCUUUCUUUUCCCCUUCACCCCCUCGAAGAGAAUCCCCUGUACAAGGGUGGGAGGGGAAGGCUGCUGUUUCUGUUAAAAAGUUUCCUUGUAGUAGUCAAGCAGCCAGUCUUAUUUAAAAUAGACGUCACUGUAGUGGUUUUGUUGUUUCUUGCCCUCCCUUUUUUUCCCUUUUAAGCUGUGCAGUUGAUCACAUGCUGAAAAGGGCGAGAGGGAAGAAGUCCUAUUCACAAAACACACACACACACAUACACACACACACACACACACACACACGCAUGCCUCCACCCAGGCACCUACAUGUAUGCUCCUACAUUCUUAUUGUGUAAUAGUUUUAACACACACAAUACACACACACACAUACACACACAGACAUCCAGGAGUUCAAAACGAGCAGUAACCAGGAGCUUGUUUUUAAAAAGCAGUUUCUUUUUUCCUCUUCCUGGUAAGGAAAAAUGUGAAAUCGCAGCCAUUAAAGUGAUUUGGUUUAGUGGAAUGAUGAUUUGCAGUCUCCACUGCGAACCCUUUCUCCUGCCUUCUGCUCCGUAGUGGUUUUGCUUGAAAAUGAAGAGGUGUGUGUGUGUGUGUGUGUGUGUGUGCGUGCGGGCAAGAGAAAGAUAUCUUACCUUUAGCCAAAGGUUUAGGCAAUGCUGGGUCACCCCCGACAUGCAUCCUUUAGAACACUCUUAAUGAACUCGAUUACAGAUCAGCUCAAUAAACAGGAAGUUAAAGCAUCCUGUGAUUUUGAUUUUUUUUAUUUUUUUUUAUUUUUUGUCUUUUCCUUCAUUUCAUUUUGUUAAACGGUUAUUAGGGUGUCAAGAAUCCCCAUACUCCUGUUGGCUCACGGGCCAGUGGUGAUGAGAACGAGUGAAAAAAAAGUCAUUUGUCACACACACACACACACGUGCUGCUCUCUCACCCUCCACCGAUCCUAGUGUUCUCUCACCUUAACUGUGCCCCCACAACGCUACACCCAACCAUGCUGCUGGCCGUGUUGAAAAGCCGGAUCUUGGCCCUCCCGACAAAACAAAUCAGAUGCCUAAUGGGUCAAGGCUUAGGGCAAGCAGUCAAGACUUUGAUUUAUCCUUGUUUUUGUUUAGUUUUGUUUUGAUUAGAUAAAACAUCAGCUUGUGGGAUAAUGCAACAGGAGUGAGAGAGAGCGACAUUUGAUUAAAAAUGAUAGAGAAAGUUAGCACCCACAAGACUGAAGGGUGAAAAGUGUGUUUUGAGCAAAAAAAAAAAAGGACUUAUUUUCUGUUGUGACGAGACUUCUGGCCUGGCCUCUCCCGCCCACCUCCCUCCGCCUCGUUAGUCCUGCGUUGCUGACGGCAACGGAGAGCUCGUCAUAAAAGGGGCGCUACGCGCUCCCCUUGUAGUGAUUUGGCCAGGCCUCCCACACCCACAGUGGGAACGAGAAAAUGCAACAGGUGGAAGGGGGGUGGAUGGAGGGGUAGUGAUUUGGUUUGAUUUUUUUUUUUCUUUUUUUUUUUUCUUCCUUUUUUUGUUUUACUUGUACAGGGGUUAAAUCGCUGUAUUAAAAUAUGUAAGUCUUAUUUACAUUCUCUUGUUUUGGUUACAGAAACUAAUAAAAUAAUAUGCUGUUAAAAGAA